AUGGAUGUGGAGAAGGGCCGUCUACGGUCCAGGGCUCUGAGCACUCUGGAAAAGGUCCUGGUGUUUCUUUUUGUGGCACUGGCCAUUGCCUGCAUUGGCAUGGUGGUAAUCUAUUUCACUGACAAGAAAAACUCUUAUUCUCAUGGAGAAGGGUGUGUUGGCUCUCAGGAUAUGACUGGGGACUCAGGCACCUUCGCCAGCGCAAACUACCCCAGCAGUUAUGACGACGGCAGCCUCUGCACCUGGACCAUCACCGUGGAUCCCGACAAGGUGAUUCAUCUGUGGUUUGAGGAGUUUGCUGUGGAGGACACAGAGCUUUGUUCGUCAGAUUUCCUCAUAAUGCAGGACACCUUGGGAACCAUUGGCAAAUACUGUGGUUACAUCAAACCAAAGCCGGUGGUAAUACUUUCCAACCACCUGACGAUCAACUUUGUCACAAAUGAAAGAAAAACGGACCGAGGAUUCAAGGCUCAUUACAGAGCUGUGCCUCCAGAAGUCGCAUCAGGAGCUGGGCGGGAGGAGGAGGGCUGGGAUGUGGGUAUCCUUCAGCUGUCAGUGCGGCUGAAGUGUCCUUCAUUCCUGCUGCCAGAAAUAGCCGGAGCUGGCGGUUUCCUCCAAGGUGAUCAGGGGAAUCUGAUGACCCCAGGCUUUCCGGAGCAGAACUACAUGAGUGCUGCAUCUUACCAGUGGACAAUCACCGUGCCUGAAGGCGAGAGGGUCCGCCUCACAUUUACAGUCUUUGACCUCAUGCCUGAAGUCUGUGGAGACUUUGUCGAGGUGUAUGACGGCCAAACGGCUGGCUCUGCCAUACUAGGUAAAUUCUGUGGGGGACAAAUGCCAGAGCCGGUGGAGUCCAGCGGCAGCACAUUGGUGGUACGCUUCAAAUCUGACAACAGACUCACAUCAAAAGGAUUCAGCGCAACUUACACAAAGUCCAGCCUGCCACCAGUUGUUAUUCCCACCACAACUACCACAGUAACACCCCAAACCACCACACAAGCCACCACACAAACCACCCCAUCUCAAACAACUUCUGGAAGUGACGGUUCAGUAAUCAUUCAGGGGCGGAAAGGUGUUAUCCAGUCCCUGGGUUUCCCAAAUUCAUACCCAGCACAUUCAAACAGUUCCUGGAAGAUAUCCGUGUCCAAAGGGUUCCUGGUCAAACUGCAGAUCACUGACUUGGCCAUCACUGGCGAGACUGGACAGUGCAAAGAGGACAAACUGAUCAUUUCAGACAGCUACAGCAUUCUUGGUACACAUUGUGGCUUCAUCCUUCCCCCGUUGGUGGUCAGCGCUACUGAUACAAUAUCUGUCACCUUCCACUCUGACAGCCGCCUCACAGACCGAGGGUUCUCCGCCAAGUGGGAGGCAGUGUAUCCUGAGGAUAUCGCAGAAAUCCAGGGCUGUGGCUUUACUUCAAAAGAGGAAACUGGGGUUAUCAAGUCCCACAACUGGCCUUUGAACUACAAGGCCAACGCAGAGUGCAUGUGGAACAUAGCUGUGCCUUUAGGGAAAAAAAUCACACUCACUUUCACUGACUUUGACCUAGAGGCUAAAGAUAUCUUCACAUCCAAGUGCUAUGAUAACAUACUGCUGUAUGACAUCAACAGCAGUACCAGUGCGCUUAUUCAAAAACAUGGUCCAUUUUGUGGAACAAAACUGCCGACAACCAUCCAGACAAAAGGCAAUAGACUGCUAAUUCGUUUUCAUACAGACUUGUUUACUGAGGGAAAAGGGUUCAGAGCUUACUGGACUACAGACUCCAGUCUACCUGCUCCGACUGAGCCACCUAUUCAGCCCAACCCCUGGGACCACAUCACUAUAGACUGGCCGAGUGCGUGCGGGAAACCAGCCGUCCCCCCCGCUGUUCUGUCACGUAUUGUGAACGGGGAGCCAGCCAUACCACACUCCUGGCCCUGGCAGGUGUCCAUGCAGGUAUGGCCUUCGAGUCAGUCGGAGCCCACAUUUUCCCAUAUUUGUGGUGGGACAUUAGUUCACAAGAACUGGGUACUUACAGCAGCCCACUGCUUCAUAAGGUAUGCCGAUGAGCUCCAGCGUUGGCGCAUGUGCCUGGGCAAACACAACCUGACCUACACAGAGCCCAGUCAACGCUGCUUCCAAAUAUCCGGAAUCUAUCGCCACGAGGGCUUCAAGUAUCCCACAGUGCCCACAGUGGAGUUUGACAUUGCUCUAGUCAGGCUACAGGAGGAGGUGACACCCAGCGAUGAGAUAUCCUUUGCCUGCCUUCCCUCUGAGGAGGAAAUCCUGCCUGAAGGAAAGAAGUGUUACGCCACCGGCUGGGGAGAUGAGACAGGUGAUUCACUCAAUGCUAAAGCUUCAGAAGCCCUCAACCAGGUGGCCCUGCCUGUUGUGCCGUAUAACACCUGCAAAAGGAUGGACUACUGGUGGUUCCAGGUCAAGCCCUCCAUGAUCUGCUGCGGUUACACGCUGCCUGAUGAGUUAAAGUCUGUCUGUCAGGGAGAUUCAGGUGGCCCAUUGGUUUGUCAGGAUACUUCAGGAGGUCCCUGGGAGGUUCAUGGGAUAACCAGCUUUGGCCCCAUUGGAUGCAUUAUGAAUAAGAAGCCGUCUGUGUUCACUCGUUCCUCCGCCUAUCUCCCCUGGAUUGAAAAUGUCAUCCGCAGAGACGUGUACAUUGAGCACACAUCUGGCUGUGCAGGGCCAAAGGACCUGACUGGCACAGGUGGUACCAUAACCUCCAUGGGUCAUCCUGGCAGCUACAGCAACAAAGCCCACUGUCAGUGGCACAUCCACGUGCCUGCGGGCAAAUUGAUCCACCUCCAUUUCAACAGCUUCUCCCUGGAGGAGAGUCAAUUGUGCAUGAAUGACAAAGUCAGUCUCACAGACAAAGUCGGGAGUCUCGGCACCCACUGCAGUAAUAUCCCCCCACAAGAUGUGGUGAGUGAUGGAAACACACUGAGUGUCAGCUUUUCCUCCAACGACAGGGUUGUGGACACAGGCUUCUCAGCCACCUGGAGGGCAGUGGACCCUUCAGAGGCUCCUUGUGGAGGGAGUUUCACCAGUGAGAGGGGUGAAAUGACUUCUCCAAACUGGCCUAACGACUACCAUGGCCAGACUGUGUGCACAUGGCGUAUAAACAUUCCCUCAUCCAAAAGCAUCCAUGUUGCCUUCACUCACUUUGAACUACAAGCUGUCAACAGGCUGGGGAACUGUGUGGACUACGUAGAGAUCUUCAAUGGAGAAAGCAUGGAAUCACUUGGUAGAUUCUGUGGCUUUGCCCCGCCACCAAGUGUCACCAUCCCCAGCAACACGGUUGUCAUACGCUUCCUCAGUGAUGGAGCCAGUCAUGAGAAAGGCUUCCGUGAUUGGCCGACAAAUUGUGGAAAUCCAGCAGUGAAACCUAAAACAGCCACUCCAAGGGUGGUCAAUGGGGAAGAGGCAAUCCCCCACUCCUGGCCGUGGCAAGUCUCCAUGCAGGCUUCACCGAUGUUUCCCAUCCCUCAUAUGCACGGCUGCGGAGGCUCUCUGAUUCAUGAGGAAUGGAUCCUAACUGCUGCUCACUGCUUCAUGGCCCCGCUGAAUAAACCCUCAUACUGGCGCAUGUGUCUUGGCAAACACCACAUGAACUCCUCCAUGGAUGUCCCCUCUGCUGAGGAGUGCUACCUGGUGGAUGGGAUCAUCCGCCACGAGGGGUUUGUGUAUGAGCAGGAUCGCAGUGACAUCACCAAUGACAUCGCUCUGGUGCAUUUGACCAAACCCGUCACCAUGGCGAGGGAGAUCAGCCCCAUAUGUCUGCCGAAACCGGGGGCCGUGAUGCCCGCAGGAACCCCGUGCUUUGUCACCGGCUGGGGAGAUGAGAAAGGUAACCUUUUCCCCAAAGUGGCUGAAAAGCUCAACCAGGCUGCCCUUCCUAUCGUGGACUUUCAGACCUGCAGUAAGCCUGAAUAUUGGUGGGACACCCUGAGGCCCUCCAUGAUCUGCGCCGGCUACGAGUCGCCGGAUGAGCUCAAGUCAGCCUGCCAGGGUGACUCAGGAGGUCCUUUCGCCUGCUCAGCGGCCGGAACAGCCUCAGCCUGGGAGGUGCACGGUGUGGUCAGCUUUGGACCCCAGGGCUGCAUCAAAGACAAGAAACCAUCAGUGUUCACCCGGGUGUCUGCCUUCAACCACUGGAUCAUUAACAACAUGAAGAAGUUUUUGUAUGAGAUGGGCAAGAUUAUUCCAAACCAACAAUCUUGA